CAAUGUCAAAAAUGGCGGCCAAGUCAAAGAAGCGGCUGUCUAAAAUUGAAAAUAAAUUAUUGAAAUUGGAAAAAUUAGAAAUUAAUGAUGUUGUUUGUUCAAUUUGCCAUUCAAUACUUAUAGAACCUGUUACUUUACCAUGUUAUCAUGAUUUUUGUCAAAGUUGUUUUAAUGGUAGCAUAGAAAAUAAUUCUUUGUGUUGUCCUCUAUGUCGUUUACGCAUUGGUUCUUGGCUAAGAUCAGCAACAAAACAAAAGAACUUAGUUAAUUUGCAACUUUGGGAAUACAUUAAAACUAAAUUUUCACAUGAAAUAGAUAAAAAGAUAAAAGGGGAUGAUAUUAACAUACCUAAAGAUAUACCAAUACCUGGAUUAAGUGUACCGGGAGAAAUUAGACUAGAAUAUGAAGCAGAAUUGAAGAGAUUAAGAUCUGAACGUCUUAGACUUGAACAGAAACAUUUGGCUGAAACUGAACUUCUCAUAAAAAAAUUACAAGCUGAAGAAGUUGAAGCUGAACAAAGGUAUAUGGAGCGGAUAAAACAAGAUGAGCUGUUAGCGAAACAAAUUCAAGAUGCGGCUGAAGCUACAGUUCCUGAAAUUAAUAAAAGGGAAUGUUCUAAAAAUGUUCCUACAAAACCAAGACUUAAAGCUAGAAAGAUAGAUACCUAUUUAUCAAAAUUACAAGCACCAGUAAAGGAAAGUUCAACUGAUAACAACCAAAGCAAUGAGGGAACUGCUCAAAGAGUCACUUCAAAUAAAUUUAGUAAUAGACCCUCUCCGGAAAUACUUCCUAACUAUGGAAAGCUCUUAAAAAGUUUUCUGGAGAAAAAAAUUAAAAAUGGUGUUGGUGUUUGGAAUAAAGAGAAUGGUGAUAAUUCCACAAAGACAAUGCAACCCAUUGAAAGUUCUAGUAGUAGCAAAGAAACUGACCCACCGCAAAAUAAAAAUGCGACAAAGUCUAAAAGUAUGAUACAAUCAUUAUUAGUAUCACUUCCUCUGCCAUAUACUGGAAUAUUGCAGCAUAAAAAUAAUGUGGAAAAUAGACAUUUAGAAACAGGCAGUGUUGAUUCAAUGCAGCAAGAGUUAUGUUACUUUAAACCUAUUGAUGGAUCAACACCGACUAGUUUCAGUCCUAAUAAAAGUUUCCCGUUACGCGUGCCCAGUGUGCGAGCAGAGCUAGAAAAUACUCCUCAGAAGCAGGAAGAUCCUCCAACCCGAGACCAAUAUUUAGAAGGCCUGUGCCGUCUCAGAAAUCUAUCCUUAGAACAGAAACUACCUUCUGCUUUUGUUAUUGCACUUAACAUUUUAAGAGUAAAGAAGGAAACUCCCAAGAAAGGUGUAGGAAGGACUCGAAACAAAAAAAAUAUUGUAAGUCCUAGUGUCACGCCAGAUGAAUUGAAUAGUAUUAAAAAACAUGUCCCAAACAGAAAACAGCAAGCAGUGAAAGUUGAUGGUAUAAGAAAAUUGAACACCGAGAAAUCUUUACGACGCACCCGGUCGAUGGGAAGUAUAUCAAAGGACGAAAAUGAAGUUACGCCGAAGAAAAAACUUAAGGAUAGAAAGGUGUCUUCCGAUAGAAAGGUUUAUUUGAGAAGUUAUUCAAAAAAACCAAAUGCGAAAAGUGAGAUUGAUAGCCCACCUCUUGUUACUGAAACUAUUAAUAAUAAUAAAUUAAAUUUAGCUGUAAAAAACUUGUCUAGUCCAUUGGAAAAUUGUGAUGUUAAGAAUAUACUGCGGGAGCAGCUGAGAAUCGAGAAACUGAUCGAACAGGAGAAGAGUGACUUUGAGCUGGCGCAGAAGAUGGAGGCGGAAUGGAACGGCCGUCGGCAGCCGCGCCGCGCCGCCACCAAGCGACAGCUCACCCUCGCCUACGCUCUCCGCCCCGCCAAGAAACUAAAGGUUUAGUUUUACUAUCGUUUUAAUAUACAUUUUAUAGGAUCGCAGUAGAAAUAUAUCAUGCCCUAUAAAACUCAAUUAUCUCAUUAGUGAUUAAAACUAUGUAUCAUUAAUCCUGCCGUUGAUAUUAUGCAUAUUUUGUAAAUUUCGCCAAAAAAAACUAUUCUAAUUUUAAAAUGUUUAUAGAUAUUCGGAGGAUAGGAAUGCUUUAAAGAGCAAAUUAUUUGCAAUUACGAAUGUUUAAUGAUAAAUAUAUGAAUAGAAUGUGUUCACAGUGGAUUUUAGCAUAUCAAUUGCUAUUGUCUUCUCCUCAUAUAUGAGAAUCCACUUUUGUAUAAUGCAAGAAUAUUUAAUUAUAUGGAGUUACUGUACUCAUUUAUGUGGAAGAGUAACAAAUUUUAUAAGCGAACACACAUGUUACUAAAUGAAUGUUUGCUGUUGAUUUGACAAUUUGUACUCUGGUAUUUCACCCUUAUACAUAUGUACUUUAGCUUGGUAAUACGAUAUGCUCGUGAUCGUGGACAACGACCGUUCCCUUUGACUGCAGGAAUACCAGGCAGAGACACAUUACUCAUAGUCAAUAGACUAUUCAGUCAUUACACUGCGUAUAAUAUGUCAAUACACCAGAUCUAAAUAACCUUAUAUUAAAUACUCAAACAGCACCAUGAAAGUGAAUACAUGAUCCAAGUAUAUGAACCUUCUAAAUCAUAUCUGAUGUAAAAUUGAUAGAAUUUCAUAGAGAGAACAGAUAAAUUUGUGUAUAUUUUGAUAUAAAAGAUAUUUCAUUUGUUAUUAAGUUUGUUAGGCUACUACAACUAUGGCUCAUAUUUGUGUAAAUUCGCAUAUACCUUUGCUAGUCUAGUUCCUUUGGAAUUUGAGAAGUCAUAUUUGAUACUGUGAGUUUGAAGUACAGUAAGGCCUGUAUUACUACAUAUUGUAGUCUUGAGUUUGAAUGGAUAAACAGGAUGUGCAGUGGAGUCCUAGAAUUAUGAACAACUUGGAUUGUUAUAAUGGCAUCACAAUAAUGUAUAUUUUUAGUUUAAAACUUGCUUUAUAUUAAUUAUCUUACUACAAUUAAAUCUUCCAAUUAAGUGUACAUUGACUCGGGUAUUUUAAUGACGCAUGAGUUGGCAGCUUUUUACCCACCAUAAAAUAGUUCAGUAUUAUAGACAUAUUGCGUGCGUCUUGUCACGGUAAACCACUUGUAAAAAUACCUAUUUUGAAGUUAAAUAGUGUCUAUCUUAAUUUUACGCUAUCAGAGACAGUACUGGUUCAGAUAGUAACUGUUUUAAUGUAAUUGGAUAGUAACAGGUAUCAUUUCUGAUAACACAAAAUGUGAAAUCCUUGUAUUGGUAUAAACGUUGUAUGUAGGUAUUUUGGGGAGUAACCAUUUUUUUUUUCAUUUCAAUCAAAAAAUACUACUACAAAUAGAUUAACGAACAUGCAGUCGAAAGGCUUUUUAGAAAUAACCCUAUGAAAAGCAAAAUUACGAUAUUCAUUUCUCAAAACAGAAUAAUACAAACUGGCCUUGUGGUGUUGUAGAUAAGGUUUUUAAAGAUUCAUUUAAAAUCUAAUAGUUUUCUAUCUAUAUUUUUUAGAUACAAUAUAUAUAAAAAGGUUGGUGGACUAUGAGAAAUUUACUGGACCCAAUGCAAACUCAUUAUCAGUUUUAAAGAGCCUCAUUUAAAGAUAAGAUGAUCCUAUGUCAAUAUCACUACAUAGUCAACAAAUGAUAAUUUUGACUGCUCACACAAAUUCAUAUCUCAUAAAAAAAAUCAAUAAUUGAAUUACUUCUGAAAAUGAGCUAUGCAUUACAUCUUUAAUUUCCAGCCUCAUUAUUUAAAAUGAUUUUUUUCAAAGAAGACAAAUGAUUAUUUUUAUAAAUGCUUGCUGUGAUAUGCCACAAGUUGUAUUACAAAUUGCCAUUUUAUCAUAAUUAUUUUGUUUCAAACUUGUGGCAACCGAGUUUAGUUGUGAUUAAUCUUUCUGUAGAAAAAACAAUUGUCUGUGUAAAUAAACAUUUUAUUAAAAGAAA